CACAUCCAGGAGCUUAUUAGGUGGUAUUAGGGUUUUAUCCUGGGUAUAUGCCUUGGUAUUAUCCUUUGUGCAUCUUAUCCGCCCUACUGCUUCUCACCAGCUCCUGCUUCGACCUCAAAUGGACUUUUUUUAUGUACUUGAGCUUGUUCUAUCGGCAAUCCGGCUAUACCGUGCAGAUAUUUUGGAGCUGCCUGCAAGUGAAUGGUCUCUUUCACUCAAGAUGGAAGGUGCUAUUUGGAUCACGGUUGUUCUAUUAAUUUUGGUGGCGUUGGUGACCACACCAACUCAACCAUUAGCAACGGUCAGAAAACCAAGAGAAGGCGAGGUCCCCCGUACUCCUUCUGCUGAAUUAUCUUCGUCCUUUUAUUCCCAGAUCGCGUUCUCCUGGAUUAAUCCCCUGGUUUACCUCGGCCUCAAGAAGCCUCUUCAAAGUGCUGAUCUGCCUGAUCUGGAACCAACAGAUCUGUCACAACACACUGUUAACAAGUUUAAAAGACUCCACAAACAGACUAAAUUUAUUCGAGCUGCCCUCACUGCUGUCCGUCGUGACAUUAUCAUCCAGUUCUGCUGGGGAGUCCCUUAUAGUAUGCUUGCUGUUGCUUCGCCUUACUGUCUCAACAAGAUCAUCAAAUACAUUGAAUGCAAGGAUUGUGGCCCACCAACAUUCAAUAACUAUUUGUGGGUAUUCGCUUUGUUUAUGGUAACAAUACUCGAGUCAGCUGCACAGCAGCAAGCUUUGCAUCGAGGUCGUCGCCUCUAUAUCCACUUGGUUUCAAUCUGCAAUGAGCAGGUUUUUGCAAAAGCACUUCGUCGCAAAGACACGGCCUCCCCUGACAAAAAUGCUGACAAAAAUGCUGACAAAAAAGAGAAAGCCGACUCGGAUGUGAACAAAAAGAAGCGUGGCUUAAACGUUUCCAACUUGGUUGGUGUUGAUAUCGAGGCAUUGCAACAGAUUUUCUGCUAUAUGUAUGAGCUUUACUCGAUCCCUAUUCAGUUUAGCUUGGGUGCCUAUCAACUCUAUUUGCUACUUGGACGGGCUGCUUUUAUCGGUAUUGGAUUCAUGAUUAUCACAUUACCUGUUCCUGCUUUCCUAUACGCUACCAUUGGUAAGCUCUUUGCGGCAGUUAUGGAAAACAAGGAUGACCGCAUGGAUUACCUUACAGAGAUGUUAUCAGCUAUUCGCAUUGUCAAGUUCUUUGGUUGGGAGAGCAAAUUUGUCGAAAAGAUCAAUAACGCACGCGAGAAGGAACUCAAGCAAAUCAGGAAAACCUACGUCCGAAUGUGCUUUGCCGGCAUUGCCUGGCAGAUUAUUCCGCUCCUGAACACUGUGGUCUUCUUUUUAGUCUACACAAAGCUCUACGGGAAUGAAAUUUCAGCCUCAAUCUUGUUUACUACAUUAUCGCUUAUCAACAUCAUGCGUAUGUCCUUGAACACGCUUCCUUGGGCUAUCAGACACGCCACGAAGGCUUCUGUCAGCAUGAAGCGUAUCGCUAAGUUUGUGGAAGAGGAAGAGGAGCUCAUCAGGGAUACGACAGUGACUAGGCUUGAUGGCAAAGCUCGCACGCACUCUGAAUCUUAUCCUUUGAUUGGUUUUGUCAAUGCUUCUUUUACCUGGCCCAAUAAAGAGCAGGACAAUGUGUCUGAAGAAGUAACUGAGAAAAAGUCAUGGCUUCAAAAGUUGAAGAGUAAGUUCUCAAGGAACCCUGAGCCCGUUGCUGGGCCCGCUAGUGCGCCCGAGGCUGUACAAGAGCGUUUCAAGCUCAAGGGCAUUUCCGCUGAUUUCCCUGUCGGCCAGCUGUCGUUGAUUGUCGGCCCUACUGGAUCUGGAAAGUCUGCUCUAUUGCUUGCUCUUCUAGGUGAGCUUGACCGCCUAGAAGGAAAAACAUAUUUGCCUCGUUUGGAUUAUGACGAAACUCACACACGCGGUCGAGGUUCUGGGAUUGCAUACGUCGCUCAGACAGCUUGGCUUCAAAACUCGACUAUCCGUGACAAUAUUCUGUUUGGCAAGGAAUUUGAUGAGGUUCGUUAUAAUGCCGUCAUCGAGGGCUGCGCCUUAGUAACCGAUUUCGAUAUCCUUGAAGCCGGUGAUGCAACCGAAAUUGGGGAGCAAGGAAUUACACUCUCUGGAGGCCAGAAGCAGCGUGUCUCCCUUGCUCGUGCUAUAUAUUCCGACGCUGCUGUCCUUCUUCUGGACGAUUGUCUUUCUGCUGUCGAUACCCACACGGGCAAGCAGCUAUUCCAAACUUUGACUGGGCCACUUAUGGAAGGUCGUACUAUUCUUAUGGUCACUCACCAAGUCCAAUUGUCAUUGAGUGCAGCCAGUUAUGUUGUUGUUCUAGAUAAUGGCGAGGUUGUUGGCACAGGCACUCCAGAGAUUGUUUUGCGUAACAAGUGGAUUGAAAAUGUGACGCUGGCCACCCCAGUGGCAGAUGAUUCGAGCGAAGUCAGUACCCUAGAUGAUGAAGGUGCUGCCAGGAAUAUCAAAAAGCCCGAGAAAAAGGCUUCGAAGCUUAUUGAAGAUGAAAAGAAAGUAGAGGGUUCUGUUUCCUGGAGUGUCUACAAAAUAUAUUUGACUGCCUCCGGCGGGUGGUUCUUCUGGAUCAGCAUCCUCGCUUUCUUGAUAGUACGCGAGCUGAUCAGUAUCAGCCAAAAUGGGUGGUUAGCUAUCUGGGCCAACAAGGCUGCUGAAGAUACUGGAGCUUUUGUUAUUAUGGCCAUUCGAAGGAUUACACCUGAACCUAUUAUCCAAUCUGUGUACUCAGCGUUUACCCCGAAAGGCGGGAAUUUAUCUGAUGAUGUGACCAUGAAAGUCGCUGGACCCGACAACGUCGUAUAUUAUCUUGGCGUUUAUAUUCUUCUCAGCCUUGCCACAGCAAUCUUUUACUCGCUCGCGGAGUUUUAUGCAUUGGUUGUAGGCAACAUCCGAGGAUCCAGAGUCAUUCAUAAAGAUUUGCUUUACAAGGUCUCACGUGCCAAAGUCCGCUUCUUUGACACCACGCCCAUUGGCAGAAUCAUUAAUCGCUUCAGCACGGAUAUUGCGACAAUCGAUGAGCAAGUUCUCCGUGGUCUAGAAAGUUUCCUUGGCUAUGCGAUCGCACUCCUUGGUAUCAUUUUCAUUAUUUCCGUCAACACUCCAUUGUUCCUUGUUGCUGCUGUCUUUAUUGUCGCCAUUUACGUUGUUCUAGGAUAUAUCUAUGUUCCUGUCAGCAGAGAUCUCAAAAGACUAAACUCUAUCUCCAAGUCACCAAUCUUGAAUCACUUCAACGAAUCUCUUAAUGGUGUGGCCACCAUUCGUGCCUAUGGAUUUGAAAAGCGAUUCCAGACGAGAAACUUGGUCAAUUUGGAUGACAACAACCGGACCUUCUUCCUUCUCUGGGCGACGAACCGAUGGUUGCAUUGGCGAGUCGAUAUUACGGGUGCACUGGUUUCUUUCAGUGCUGGAAUGUUAGUUCUGCGCAACUGGGAGUCAAUCGCCCCUGGCUGGGCUGCGCUAAGUUUAAGCUAUUCGCUCAUGUUUACCUUAAACAUCGUGUGGAUCAUUCGUGUAUAUGCUGAGAACGAGAUGAACAUGAACGCAGUUGAGCGUGUCUCUGAGUACAUGGAUAUUGAGGAAGAGCCUCCAGCAAUUAUUGAGGGCUCUAGACCCCCAGCUUCCUGGCCUCACUCUGGUGAGAUUACUAUCAAUCAUCUUACAGUUCGUUAUGCACCUGAUACCCCUGAUGUUCUCAAGGAUGUUUCAGUCAAGAUUAAGGCUGGUGAGAAGGUUGGUGUCGUGGGCCGUACUGGAUCGGGCAAGUCGACGUUCGCUAUUAGUUUGUUCCGCUUCAUGGACCCUACAAGUGGUAGCAUUUGCAUUGACGGCAUUGAUAUCAGUAAGAUUGGUCUCCAAGAUCUUCGGUCUAACUUAACGAUCAUUCCUCAGGACCCCAUUCUCUUCAAAGGCACUCUUCGCUCCAAUUUGGAUCCCUUCGGCGAACGUGAAGAUCAAGAGCUCUGGGAAGCAUUGAGGCGGAGCCACUUAAUUCCAGUAGAGGCGGCUAAGCGUCAGGGUACAGAAGCUCUUAUCUCAGAUCGAGAUACUGCAAAUCCCUCUUCAUCUUCUCAAUCGCCUGCACCUUCAGUCAAAGGUUCUCAGUCUGAUACCGACGUGAUUGUGGACCCCUCCAAGAUUACGCUCGACACGAGUGUAAAGGAGAAUGGUUCAAACUUUUCUCAAGGCCAACGCCAGUUAAUUGCUCUGGCUCGUGCACUGGUUCGCCAACCGAAGAUCAUCAUCAUGGACGAAGCUACCGCCAGCGUAGAUUUUGAGACAGAUAUCAAGAUUCAGAACACCAUCCGAGAAGAGAUGGCAGAUGCGACCAUGGUUACGAUCGCUCAUCGUAUAAGGACGAUUGCAGAUUUUGAUCGAGUUCUGGUCUUAGAUCAGGGAAAGGUGGUAGAAUAUGACAAGCCCUAUACUCUGAUGCGCAAGGAGGGUGGUAUAUUUAAAUCCAUGUGCGAGCGCUCAACAGAGUUUGAUGCGCUUUUAGCCAUUGCAGAAGAGAAGGAAAAGCGUGAUGCACACCGGUUGAGACAAUAAGAUUGGCCAGUUUACAGUUUUGUAGGUUUUAUAAUAAU